GAAAGUGGGCCAUGAAUUGCUCUGUCAAUAAUGAAAAAGAAAACCGGAUGAACAUAGCCCUGCCUCCUCUUGCUCCCCUCUCUCUCUCAGUUCUCCAUUGAAGCGCACUCAACAUCGCACUUCACGUUCUCCAUCGAGACGCCUUCUAAUACUUGUAUUCCUCAUUGAAGCAGCUUCUGAGGAUGGUCACUGUGCUCUUUUCAACCCUGCCAAAGACGAUCCACCUUUUGUAGGUAUAAUUUGUCGUUGGACAUCUGAAGAAGAAAAUAAUUUAACGCUUCGUGUGAACUGGCUUUAUUGACCUGGUGAAGUUAAACUUAAUAAUUUAACGCUUCGUGUGAACUGGCUUUAUCGACCUGGUGAAGUUAAACUUUUGAAAGGCGUUGCACUUGAAGCUUCGCCUAACGCAGUUUUCUACUAAUUCCACAGUGAUGAGAUUCCUGCUGCAUCAUUACUUCACCUUUGUAAAGUUGCAAUUUUGCCUAAAGGUGUCAAACUUCCACCUGGGGUUUCCUCAUUUGUGUGUCGGCGUGUUUACGACAUUACAAGCAAGUGUCUGUGGUGGCUGACGGAUAAGGAUUAUAUUGAUGAGCGGAAGGAAGAAGUGUAUUAACUGUUCCAUAAAACACGUAUAGAAAUGCAUGCAUCAGUAGAACCGCAGCAAGGUCCCCGUUCUCCAAGACCUGUGAAUGGUUCAGCAGCAACAUCUCCAUUGAAACACAGUCCUGAUUGUGUGCAGAAUAGCAGCUCUAACCUCCCUUCUCAUAGAAAGGGAAAAAAAAGGGAACGAGUUGAUCAGUCUUUUGAUGCCAUUAAACGAGAACGCUCUUUAAAACCAGGUGAUGGAGAUUGUGGCCAAAUAAGAUCAGAAAGCGCUUUGAACUCAGAAAUCGCUAAAUUUGCUGAGAAAGGUGGACUUAUGGAUUCUGAAGCUGUAGUGAGGCUAGUAGGUCUCAUGCAGCCUGAUAAAUCUGAGAAGAAGAUAGAUUUAACUGGUAGAUCCAUGCUUGCUAGUACUAUAGCUGCUACAGAUAAGCUCGAUUGCCUUAAUAAAUUUGUUCAGCUUAGAGGCUUGUAUGUGCUAAAUGAAUGGCUCCAAGAAGUUCACAAGGGUAAAAUCGGUGAUUCUGGAAAUAUAAAACACAAUGAUAAAUUUGUGGAUGACUUCCUCUUGGUUUUACUUCGUGCACUUGAUAAGCUUCCUGUGAAUCUUAACGCCUUACAGAUGUGUAACAUUGGCAAAUCUGUUAAUCAUUUACGUUCUCAUAAAAACUCUGAAAUUCAGAAGAAAGCAAGGAGUUUGGUUGACACAUGGAAGAAACGCGUUGAAGCUGAAAUGAACGUCAGUGAUGUGAAACCUGGCUCAAGUCAAGCUGUUCCAUGGCCAGGCAGAUCACAGCAUGACAGUUCUCAUGGUGGUAAUAGGCACCCUAGUGGAUAUGAUGCUGCCAUCAGGAGUUCUGUUGCACAUCACUCUUCGUUGAAAUCUGCUUCAGUGAAACCUGUUCAAGGGGAUUCUACCUCCAAAUCUGCAUCUGCACAUCCGGGUGGUUUAAUAUCGACAGUGUCUCCUACAUCAGCUACUGAUAACUGUAAGGAUGGGAAGUCCCAGAUAAUAAAUGCCAGUGAUGGAAGCUCUGAGCCUCAGUCAGUGGCAAGGGAGGAAAAAAGCAGCAGCUCUAGCCAAUCUCAAUCCCAAUCCCUCACGAACAGUCAAUGCUCAAGUGACCAUGCUAAAAAUUUUGUUCUGUGUGGAAAGGAAGACAUGAAGAAGUCUACUGCUGGGUCUAGGAGUUUGAAUAAACCUGUAGGCAGUAGUUCCAAGCACCGUGAACAUGUUUGUGGUCCUUCCUCUAGUGCUCAAAAAGAAACUGCAUCAAAUAGAAGCUCAUACGUGGGCAGAAACUCAGUUGUAGAAAAGGUAUCACAUAAUGGAAUUGAUGCUUCUGUUCCAGAAAGCAACAAUCAUAAGCUUAUUGUGAAGAUAUCUAACCGAGGCCGAGGUCCUGCUCAAAGCAUUGCUGGUGGCUAUUUGGAGGAUUCUUCCUGCAGAAAUAGUAGAGCUUCUUCUCCUGCUCUUCUAGAGAAGCACGAUCUAUCAGAGUUUGCUGCGAGGGAUAAUAAACACGAUUCUCACCAACUUCAUGAGGUUGAUGAGUCAUCAAGUUCUGUACACGAAAGAACCAAUGAAAUUAAGAAACUACCUAAUGUUUCAAAGGUUGUUUGCACAUCCUCCAGUAUUGAACAUAUGUCUAGAAAAGUGCAUGAUUCUUCUUUCAGCUCCAUGAAUGCUUUGAUUGAAAGCUGUGCUAAGUUAUCAGAAGCUAAUAUGUCUAUGUUGGCUGGGGAUGAUGUUGGAAUGAAUCUUCUUGCUAGUGUAGCUGCUGGGGAAAUCCCGAAGACUGGUGCUGUUUCACCUGUCAUCUCUCCUCACAGAAAUAUAGCUGAAAACUCCAGUAGCACUUGUAUUGGAAAUCAAAAACAGUUGCAUGGGGAUGAUGCUGUUCAACAAGGUCAGUCAACUGAUGAUGAUGGCAAUGACAAUCAUAUUAAUGUCGCAGGUGUUUUUACAGCUGUUGAGGAAAGUAGCAAACUGGGUGGUGUUAAAAAUGAUAAUUUACAUCAGAGUAUGAAAGUUUGCUUGAAAAACAAUGUGACAUUGGAGGAAAUAGGUAAUGCUUCUUCACCAGCAUCUGUGGCUUGUACUACAGGUUUGAGUAUGGAUAAUCUUGGUGCUGAAACGCCUGAUAGUACAAACAGAAAAGUUGUAGCUGCCAAAGAAGAGAGUCAGAAUGAGCUUCCUGUUGCAAGUCAGGGACUUAGUGUUUCCUUGGAUGUUCAAGAUAAAAUUAUGGUCGUCUCUUUGAAUGACGAAUUUGAGAAAAAAACUCACAGAGAUAUUGCAUUAUACUCUCCUAAUGAUGGUGAUGAAAAAAAUAUCAAGCAAGAGCUUCAAAGCAAUAUGGAGCAUAAAUCACUUGCUGUAACAUUGAAAUUUGAUUCUAAAACUAAUGUGAAGCAAGAUACAAGUCAUCAUUUGGCUGCAGAAGUCAAAUCUGAAAGAACUGAAGGUGUUGCUGUCUGUGGCCUUGCCUGUCAGACAGGAAAUAGGAUAUUAGACAAAGAGAGUGAUACUUCUUUACCUGUGAAAGAAGGUGAACCUGUAGUGUGUGGUGCUGAUGUAGAUCAAGACAGAAGCUGCAAGGUUCAAAAUGCCAAAAAUAAUGAUGGCAGUUCAGUUAGACUAGCAAGCUGCACUACAGUCGCUUUAUCGGAAGCAGAAUUACAUUCACAUGCAGUAGGAACUAAAUUAACUGCAGAAAAAGUUGCUCUGUCAACUUCUUCAGGAGGUCAAGAUAUGGAUGCAAAGCUUGGAUUUGAUUUGAAUGAAGGUUUUAAUGUUGAUGAGGGGAAGAAUGGUGAGCCGGCUAACUUGGGUUCUGUUCGUUACUCAGAUAUUGUUUGUUCAAUCAGCCCCUUGCAAAUCCCUGUAUCCCCUGGAUCAUGUGGUAUUCCUGCAUCAAUUACUGUGGCUGCUGUUGCUAAGGGGCCUUUUGUUCCUUCUGAUGACUUGCUGUGGAAUAAAGGGGAACUUGGAUGGAAAGGUUCUGCGACCACAAGUGCAUUUCGUCCCGCUGAGCCUAGAAAAUCCCUUCGUCCUGAUUCCCCUGUUUGCAGACCAACUCGGUGUCCUUUGGAUAUUGACCUUAAUGUGGCAGAUGAAAGUUCUUGCCAGGAGUUCAAUGUUAGAAAUAAUCCUAUACUUGAGCCGAUGACUACGGCAUCUCUGCGUAGUUCUGGAGGACUGGACCUUGAUCUGAAUAAAGUUGAUGAAGCUUCAGAUAUGACCCACCUGGGACGGCACAUGGCUAGCAAUAUUCAGAGAUUUGAGGCCUUUACUCAGCAUGUAAAACCAUCAACAGUCAAUGUUUAUUCUAAUGGUGGAGGAAGUGGGAAGAGGGAUUUUGAUUUAAAUGAUGGGCCUGAGACCGAGGAAUUACCUGCAGAACAAGUUCCAUCUCGUCAGCUUAACAUUGGGAACGUUCCACUCCAACCACCCUUUGGGCCUAGAAUUAAUAGCUCUGACACAGGGAACUGCUAUUCUUGGUAUCCUCCAGGAACUAGCUACUCAGUAAGUAUGACACCAUCAGUUUAUCCUGAAAGAGAGGCCUUUUCAAUGGUUGGGAUGGGUGGUGGUCCUCAGCGUGUUGUGGGUGGUCCAACUGCAGCUCUAUCAUUUAAUCCCGAUGUUUACAGUGGAUCAGUAUUGUCAUCUUCUCCUGCUUUGCCUUUCCAUCCUGCUGCUUUUCAAUAUCCAGUCUUGCCAUUUGCUAAUAAUUUCCCUCUUCCUACAUCUUCCUUGGCUAGUAGGUCAUCUGGAUACAUGGACCCAACUGCUACUGGUCGGAUGUCUGCUAUCCCUUCUCAGUUGGUUGGAAAUGCUGCAGCAGUUUCCUUUCAGUAUCCUCAUGCAUAUGUUGUUUCUCGCUCCAUUCCUGACACUGGAAAUAACAGUGUGAUUGGAAGCAAUCAUAAAUGGGGAAAACAAGGUCUAGAUCUCAAUUGUGGUCCAGGUGUUAUGGACGUGGAAGGUAGAGAUGAGUCAUUGCCAAUUGUAUCCAGGCAGGUCUCCAACAUCAGCUCACAGACCCUUGCAGAUGAGCAAGCAAGGAUGUAUAGCAUGGGAGGCGGCCAUAUGAAAAGAAAGGAACCUGAAGGAGGAUGGAAUGUAGAUAAGCUAAACUUCAAGCAAUCAUCAUGGCGAUAGAAGAACAUUGUGACCAUAUAGUGACCCUUCAAAAAUUGGAAGUUGGAAGUUGGUUUAGCUAUUUUGUAGAAGAUGGACCAAGGCUAGCUAUCAAGAAAUCAUCAUCUAACUCUCAGUCAUAAAAAGGAUGGGUGGUAAGUGAGUAAACUGAUGUGUUCACAAGUCUCCGACCCCCAUCUCCUGCUGUAUCAAUCCUGUUUACUAUAAAAAGAAAAAAAUUGUUGGGAGUUCUGUUUUCAUGCUGUGAAUCUAUCCUCAGGUGGCUAUUGGUCAGUUUUCCUUCUGUAGAUAAAUUGUUGAGAAAAAUGCCUGUUAUCCAAAGCCUCAAUAGCUUUGAUACCAUUCAUUUCCUUUUCAACCUCCCAGCAAUGGAUGUUGAAUUUGUUUACUGCUCAUAGCAGAAGUAUCUGUAUGCGCAUUUUUCUUAAUUUAUCCAUUCUUUUUCUGGUAUA